UCACGCCGGUGGCCUCGUGACAGCUUGUUGAAGCUACGCCCGAAGAUGAAAACCGCACGGGCAGCCCUGCUCGGGGCAGCGAUACUAUUGUGUUGCCUCUCCGGUGUGUAUUCGAGAUUAUCGUUCGCGGAGCAACCCCAGGAUGAGGUCAUUAUUCGAUCAGGGGAGGAGGAUAUACUUACCUGUGUCGUGAAUGAUGACGGAAUAGAACCAAAGUCUCUGGUAAAGUGGGUAGUGAUCGUCGAUGAGGCUGCCAAAGAGAUUUAUCCGGGAAACCCUCCUUUCGAGAGAUACACGUAUGUUGAUGAGAACCACAACGGCGGAAACUACAAUUUACGAAUAGCAAACGCCUCGCCAGAGGACAACGCCGCGUUCAGAUGCGCAUUGGAUCACGGUUCGACAGAAGAGGAAUAUGAAUAUUCAAACACUGCAAAAGUCUUCGUUGCAGUGCCGCGACCCUUGUACUACUUUAUGGCCAGCAAUGCCAAUACGGAGUUAGAGGCAACAAUGGCGGCAGUGUUGUGA